GCCUCAUUGCCGGCUCCUCGGAAGGGCAGCAGUCAUCGCCGGUUUCCGUGACCGCGACACGGAGAAACGAGCAAAACAAAAAUAUUUUGUCGGAAUUCGAGAACUUAUCGCAGUUUACGGUCAAACGGGUGCAAGGUGUGCGCGUUGAUACUUUGUAGCCCGCGUGAACGGAUCGUCAUUGGCUGACAGGGCUCUUCUUUUGUCCUUAAGUCAUUCAAUGACAAGGAUAUGCUGGCUCUGAAAGCGACCGUCGCUAAUUGCAUCCUCAAACGUUCCCCUCAAACCCUUUGGAGUUUUUUACCGAGAACGAGCUUGUCCGCAUCGAUCAAACUCGAAGGAAAGAUGUCGUUUGAAGAAGAGAAAAAGAAAUUCUUGAACAUGCCGCCGAAGGAGAAGAGGAAUUUCUACAAGGGAGAGGUAACAACUCUGGGUCAGGUUCCUACGUGGGUGGAAUAUUGGAACAAGAAUAAGUCUAGUAUUGCCAUUAAGAGUCCUAAGAAAAACGAAGAAAUCAAUGAGGACUUGGCUAAGAAAAUUUCAAUGUGGCAAGGAGACAUCACAUCGCUUGAGAUAGAUGCCAUAGUCAAUGCUGCGAACUCAAGUCUAUUGGGAGGUGGCGGAGUUGAUGGAGCUAUUCACAGAGGAGCAGGACCAAAUUUGAAAAAGGAAUGUGCAACGUUAAAGGGAUGUCGAGUUGGCGAAGCUAAGAUUACCGGAGGUUACAUGCUACCGGCUAAAUAUGUUAUUCAUACCGUUGGUCCCCAAGGUGAGAAACCAGACAAAUUGAAGGAAUGUUACGAGAACAGUCUGGCUUUGGCUAAAGAGAAUAAUUUGCGUACUAUCGCGUUUCCAUGUAUAUCGACUGGAAUUUACGGAUACCCGCAGAAACCAGCUGCUAAAGUAGCUUUAGCGACGGUGAAAAAAUUCCUUCUUGAAAAUAAGGAUAUUAUGGACAGGGUUAUCUUUUGUUUAUUUUUGAAAAGCGAUAAAGACAUAUAUGAGGAGCUAUUGCAAAAAUAUUUUGCUCUCGAAUAAAUAGAUGCUAGUAUCUACUUCUACCUUCGCAAAGUCUGCCAGAUUUAGUAUGACGAUGUUUCUCUUAAGGUUGUAUUUCAUUGGAAAAUAUUCAUAUAAAAUAUUAAUAUAUACUACAUUAUGUAUCCAA